AUGAGCAAGUUCUUCGCCAGCGCCAACUCGGACUCGGACUCUUCGUCUUCCGAGGAGGAGCUCUCUGAGCUCGAGUCCGGAGACGAGCAGCAGCAGCCCAAGACGACGACCACCUCGUCUGCCCCGCGCUCGCGCUUCCUCAAGGCUGCCGGCUCGGACAGCGACUCGGAUGACGACGACUCGGACUCGGACGAAGAGUCGCUCAAGGACUCGGACGACGAGAGCGACGAUGACGACAAGAAGGGCGCCGCCAAGCCCAUGUCGCGCUUCAUGAAGGGCGCCGCCAGCGACGACAGCGACAGCGAGGAGGAGGUCAAGAAGGUCAUCAAGUCGGCUAAGGACAAGCGGCUCGACGAGAUGGAGGCCGUCGUCAAGACCAUCGACAACGCCCAGAGGAUCGACGACUGGGUCACCAUCUCCAAGGAGUUUGACGGCCUCAACCGCCUCGUCGAGAGGCAGCGCAACAUCAACGAGCCCGUCCCCGCCUUUUACGUCAAGACCAUCUCGCAGCUCGAGGCCUUCCUCAACGAGUCGAUCGCCAAGGAGAAGGACGCCAAAAAGAAGAUGAAGGCGCCCAACGCCAAGGCCAUGAACGGCAUGAAGCAGAAGAUCAAGAAGACGAUCAAGGAAAACGACGAGGCCGUCGCAAAGUACCGCUCCGACCCCGACGCCUUCGAGGCCGAGGCCGCCAACGCCGCCGCGGGCGCCACCGCCGCCGCCGAGGCCAUCGUCAAGCCCAAGAAGCAGCGCGCCGAGGCCGCCGCCGCCGCCGCCGAAGAGGACGACGACUUCCAGACCGUCGGCCGCGGCGGCCGCACCGAGACCUUCACCUCCGAGGGCCUCUUCAAGAGCCUCGCCGCCAUCCUCGAGGCGCGCGGCAAAAAGAGCACCGACAAGACCGAGCAGAUCCGCAAGCUCUCGGACCUCAGCGGCGUCGCCGACACCCCCUACAAGAAGAUCCGCGUGCUGCUGGCGCUCGUCGCCGCCCGCUUCGACUACAACGCGUCGGCCAACGCCUACAUGCCGAUCGAGAUGUGGGGCAACGCGCGCAAGGAGGUCAACGAGCUGCUGAGCACCCUCGUCUCGAACCACGCCUACGUCAUCCGCGAGGAGACGCCCGACUACGACGACGAGACCGAGCGCCAGCCCGGCGUCAACGGCGAGGGCGACGUGGUGGCCGUCCGCGGCAGCAUCAUCAGCUUCAUCGACCGCCUCGACGACGAGUUCACAAAGAGCCUGCAGAACAUCGACCCGCACACGACCGAGUACGUCGACCGCCUCAGCGAGGAAAAGAACCUCUACGAGACCAUCGUCAUCGGCCAGGCCUACUUUGAGAGCACCGGCCAGGACGACGCGCUGAGCCGCUGCACGAUGCGCCGCCUCGAGCACGUCUACGCCAAGCAGGACGUCAUCAUCCGCGCCCUCGAGUCAAACCUGGCCAAGACGACGGUGCCCAUCAAGAGCGCCAUCUUCCCCGCCCCGGCGCGCGUCCAGGAGGCCGACGGCCCCACGCUCCUCAUCCGCUCGCUCUGCACCUACCUCUACAAGGCCGCCGGCCCGUCGAGCGAGCGGGCCAGGACGCGGGCGAUGCUGUGCCACAUCUACCACCACGCGCUCCACGCCGAGUACCACGUGGCGCGCGACAUGUUCCUCAUGAGCCACCUCCAGGACUCGGUCCAGAUGGCCGACGCCGCCACCCAGAUCCUCUACAACCGCGUCGUCGUCCAGAUCGGCAUCUGCGCCUUCCGCGUCGGCCUCAUCCGCGAGUCGCAGACGGCGCUGCAGGACAUCUUUGGCACCGGCCGCGUCAAGGAGCUGCUGGCCCAGGGCGUCCAGAAGCAGAACCAGUACAGCACCCUGACGCCCGAGCAGGAGAAGCUCGACCGCCAGCGCCAGCUGCCCUUCCACAUGCACAUCAACCUCGAGCUGCUUGAGUGCAUCUACCUCGUGUCGAGCAUGCUCCUCGAGGUGCCCAACAUGGCGUUCGCCGGCAACGACCCGGAGCUGCGCAAGCGCAUCAUCUCGCGGCCCUUCCGCCGCAUGCUCGACUACACCGACCGCCAGGUGUUUUCGGGACCGCCGGAAAACACGCGCGACCACAUCAUGCAGGCGAGCAAGGCGCUGCAGAACGGCGACUGCAAGGGCUGCAUCGACCUGAUCCGCGACAUCAAGAUCUGGAAGCUGAUGCCGGGCGCCGAAGAGGUCAAGGACAUGCUGGCGAAGCGCAUCCAGGAAGAGGGCCUGCGCACCUACCUCUUCAGCUACUCGUCGUACUACGACACCGUCUCGUUUGCCCACCUCGCCGCCACGUUCGACGUCGAGGCCAAGGUGGUGCGGUCGAUGGUCAGCAAGAUGAUUUACAACGAGGAGCUGGCGGCGUCGCUCGACCCGACGGCGGGCGUCAUUGUCUUCCACCGCCUCGAGCUGACCAAGGUGCAGCAGCUGUCGCAGACGCUGGCGGAGCGCGCCAACACGAUGCUCGAGCAGAACGAGCGGCUGCUCGACGCCAAGCUGGGCGAGGGCAAGGACCAGCGGACCGGCGGCGGCGGAGACCGCGAUCGCGACGCCGGCCAGUAG